UUCAAUCACGUUGCGAAUACGCCCAUCGUCGACGAUGGGUUUGUUGCUUGAAGCCGUGGCCACACUGUCUCUACUGCUCACAGCCAAUGCUGUAUGUUGCGUCAAAAGCAACUACGAGAUAUCAGGUUCUGGAUUACAAGCUCAAUUGUUAGGGCAAACACCUCACCUCUACACACUGGACAACUACAUGAUCGCUUUCGACGUUAAAACUCUACGUGGAGUAGUCAAUGUCACGUUGACCGAUCAAAUAAGUCAUACCAAGUCGUUACAAACGAUUUACUACGAAGAAGCAAAGGGAGUAAGGAAGCAAUACGCCGUUCUUGAUAACAAGGUAUGCUAUACAACGGCAAUAACUGGACCCGGCCUUACAACAUGUUUGCCAGCCGACGCUAAAGUUGUGACCAAUUUUACAAUUGGUGGCCAACUCAACUGCUCGGCUGUUCUCAUCAAGGAAACGGGCGAUGCUAAUUCGUACAACUACUCGAUUAUGAGUGCCAUGAUUUUAUCUGACAAGUGUGUUCCACUGAUUGCUGCCAAUCUUUUCAAAGGAGAGAACAUCAGUGAUGGGACACAGUCUGACAUCGAAGUGGCUAAUCUUUUAUUAUAUUAUAAAUCCGAGCCCUUGCUAAGUGAAAGUAUUGUAACACCACCCAAAAUCUGCUCAAAAGCAGACAGUUUGGAUGCAUCUCGUAUUCCCAGAGAUAAUCUUAUUUUCUUUCGUCUGCUAGAAGGAGUUGAGUCAUUUGAUGUGUUUACUAUUCUCGGUCGUCUUCUUGAGCUGUCUUUGCCAAACGCAUGAGAAGAAGCUUGAUUGAGCCGUAGAGAGUCUUUUUGUUUUCUUGCUGCUUUCAUUGAAUUGUCAAUUGGAAUAAGAUGUUUACUUUGCAGUUUCGGGUUUGUGUCUUUGAUUGUUUUUGUAGUAUUGUUUUUUGUCUCAAUAAAACUAUACGUGAAACCGUUG